CUGCGCGAGAUCCGGCGCUACCAGAAGUCCACCGAGCUGCUGAUCCGCAAGCUGCCGUUCCAGCGGCUGGUGCGCGAGAUCGCGCAGGACUUUAAGACCGACCUGCGCUUCCAGAGCUCGGCCGUGAUGGCGCUGCAGGAGGCGUGCGAGUCGUACCUGGUGGGGCUGUUCGAGGACACCAACCUGUGCGCCAUCCACGCCAAGCGCGUCACCAUCAUGCCCAAGGACAUCCAGCUGGCGCGCCGCAUCCGCGGGGAGCGCGCCUAAAGGCGCGGCACGCGCACGCCUGACCCCAAAGGCUCUUUUCAGAGCCACCACCUGGUCCCAAAGAGCGCUGUACACGGCCUGCCAGGGCGACAUGGGCGGGCAGCUCCCGACGGGGGGAGGACCCCUAACAAGCGCCUUGGCUGCCCUCGGGGGUGAGGCUCCCCGAAAGCCCACAGGACUGCCGCGGUGGUGCCCCAAGGGCUCCCCCUGACAGUGGUCAGGGCCUCGGUUGCCCCCACGCUAGGGUGGCGACUGCCACAAGGGAAGCGAGGCCCCCGCACGUGGUGCUGCAGCGACAGCCGUCCCCCAGGGCAGAGGCGGGCUCUCCUGAUCCCAGUCAGGCUCCGUCCAGCUGGACAGGCCAGCGGGCCCAGGCUCCCCUCAGGAUGCAGGUUCAAGGUGACGGCCCUAGGGGCCCAGCUCCGUCCCCAGGGCCUGUCCUCACCUCCACAGCGGCGCCCCCGCUCUGCCUGCCGGGCGUGGUGUGCGGGAGCCCGAGGGUCCCAGGCCAUGGGAGGGGCCGCCUGCAUCUCCCAGGCGGGACAGGGCGCGGCCGGCGGGAGGAGACGACAGCUGCCCCUGCCUGCAGUGGGGGCGCCUCGCGGCCGCGGCCCCAGCCGCUCGAGCCCGUGCAGGCUGUUGAGUGUCCGCGCACGAAGCCGGGCCGUCUGCAGCGUCAAAGGGGAGGCAAGUGAGGAGGGACGAGGUGCCCUCGCACGGUCUGACCGGGACAAGGCAGCUGCGGAGUCGUGCCCGUCGCGCCACUGUUGGGGUGAAGGCGACUGUCCGGCGGCCGCAUUACAGCUCCCCGCCACCCCUCACCUGCAGCCCGACAGGCGGGUGCUUUAGGGGCUCAGGGGCUUGUGGCGUCACCUCUCGCCGCACCGUCCUUCAAGUUCCAGAGAACCCAGCCUCUCCGGGGCCGCCCUGUGCCGCCACCUCCGCGUGACCCUCUCCGUUUCGCUCCGCGGCGGGCGCCUGGCGCUGUGACCACCCGCCGUCGCUCCUCGCAGUGCAGCGAGCUACCGACAUCAGUCAGGGCAGGACGCCUCCGCCCUCGUGCUGCCUGGCCCCACCGCGUCGUGAGCGGCUCGGGAGCCGAACCCCAGGCUGCGCGCUCCAGCCUUGAAACCCCUGCGUGGACACUUGUGGGGCAGCGCCUCUGCCCCGGGCAGGUCGGAGCUUGCCAAGGAGGCGGCCCGCCGCCUGACCCUCCCUCUCGGCCUCCGGUGCCUGACCGACCCCCCCCAGCUCCGCUCUGUCCACUGCCCCGUCCACUGCCCCCAUCCUUGAGUGCAG